AUGUCUCGCGAUGGCAUUCGAAAGCUGACGCGGCACAUCAAGGAAACGAAAGUCUUGACCAAGCUGAAUUGUGUGGGCCUUCCUGUCACACAAGAGGGAUCUGCUCUGCUUGCUCGUGCAGUCAUUGAAAACCACACGCUCGUCCAAGUGGCGCUCCCGCUUGGGCAUUGCCACGACACCCCGGAGCGUCAGCAGAUGUUGCAACAGCUCGGGGUUGGCCUGGCGAACCAUCCUUCUCUGCAGAGCUUCGCGUGUACCCGCACCCCCAAUUUGGAAUAUGCAUCUCUCCGCGAUGCAAAGGAGAACAAGGUCCGGGCCUUCCCUCCAGAGCGCAGCAGCGGAUGGCCACGAGCACAGAUGGCCGUGUACAUGUGGCUGCUGUCCGCCAGCAAGGCGGAGCUGGACAGGUUUACCUUGGGCCCAAGCGCAAAGCCAAAGGUGGAGUACCCGAAGGAAGCUUGCCAAGGCGCAAAUCCUGAUCUGAUUCCGGCAAGCCUUGGCAUGCUACACAGCGCUGGUCACAUGUUGCGCCAGGUCUCCAUUGCACUACCUCUUGGGUAUGGACUGCGGUCGAUGGAGCUCCUUCGGGUGUUAACGGUUUGCACGUCCUUGGCCGGCCUGAAGGUCUUGGGUUUCGCUUCGGCUGUCCUAAAGGACACCCAGUUGCCGCCCGAGUGGACUUCGAUUGGCAGCGCGCCUCGGUGGUUGUUUGAGGACAGACUGCAGCGAAGGAGGAUCCAUUGGCAAGCCCUUCAUGGUUUGCUGUCGGCGCUCCCCCACCUGGAGCAGUUCAAUGACCUGGCGCUUGGUGGACCAAACAUGAGAGAGUCGCCAGAGCUGACCUGCCUCCUCUUGAUGCAAUGCUUGGAAGGUGUGGCUACCGAGCUGACAGAUGGCGGUGGAAGUGGAGAGGCUUUGCUGAAGGCAAGCCUUCAAGCUGAAGCCGACGUCGAUGCUUUCUGUGACGUCCUUCGGAUUCUGAGUCGGACUCCCCUUCUCAUCGAUCUGAACUUCUCGGACAAGCGUGCAGAAACAGAUGGAACCCCAGAUGAACUGUUCUAUUUGAUCCCGCGCAUUGGCGUCUACCAUGUCGACGAUGCUUUCCGUGCACAGCUGAGACAGCUGUACAAAGUCCUCAUACCUGCCGGCGGACAGGUGCUGGACUUGUGCUCUCAGCAUGACUCGCACUUGCCCACAGACGUCAACUACGAGCUGACAGUGCAUGGUAUGAACCAGCUGGAGCUGCUUGCAAACACUCGGGCAGCAUCCCGAUUCACAAGAAAUUUCAACAACGAUCCAACUCUGCCAGAGUUUGAGGACGAUACAUUUGACGCUGUCCUCAUGGCAGUCUCGAUCCAAUAUAUGCAGAACCCUGUGCGGCUUAUAUCAGAAGUACGAAGAGUGCUCCGUCCUGGUGGAACCUUCAUUGUCAGCUUCUCGAACCGGAUGUUUUUUACAAAGGCAGUCGAAGUCUGGCGCUCUCAAAAGACCAUGCGUGGCCUUGCUGACCUUGUGAUGGGCUACUUCAGUGAGGCAGGCUUCACGGAUGUCCAGGCUGCGAACCGGGUGCGUGGUGUUAGUGAUACGGACUGGCUUCGUGGCGAUCCUUUCAUAGCGGUGGUGGGCAUAAAGGAGCCAGGCCGCGAUCUCAGUGGCCUGGAUGGGGUCAAAGCGCAGCAGGCUCGCUUGGGGCCACAUCUCUCUUCGCAUGCUGAAGGAGUGCCGCGCUUCGUGCAUGCCAUCUCCCUGAGGAACAAUGUCGUCAGCGAAGCGCUGCUGCAGGGGCUGGACUGCAGCGCUGCACUUCGCGAGUUCGGCUUCGAGAACAUCUCGGCCGUUCUUCCCGCUCUUUUUGCUGCAAUGUGUGGCCGUGAGAAGCCUUUGCCGGUGGAGCGCAUCCGAGUCGAACCGAAGUGGAUCACCUCUAGGUUCGCACGCAAGCGCUUCAAAAAGCGCCAGCACAGUUGGCUCGACGGCAUACAGGCAGCACUCAUCCGAAGCGACAGGUUCGUGGAACUCGUCAGUGCUGGAACGGCCAUUUCGCGUGCUGAGAUUGAAGGCAUGGCGCCGAAGGAUUUUGUUGAUGCUUUGACGGGGGUGGCACUGGAGGAGCCAUUCCCAGUUGAGGCUGAGAGACUGCACCCUCCGCAAAUCCAAGUCUUGUGCUUUCCGAGCCGGAGAGCGUACAAGGAUCCGCCAGAAGACCCGAGCCAGAACCUCUACUUGCCGCUGCCCAUGGAUGACGAGGCGCGGGGCGAGUUGCAGCUUCAGAAGGUCUCGUUGCUGAUGUGCGGCUUGAGAAACAAGAUGCUGCAGGCCAGACCCGAUGAGUGGCCAGAGAGCUCCAAGCCACUGUGGCUCGGGCAGGGCAGCCACCUGCGCUUCGUCCGACCUGGUGAUGAGCUUGAUGCUCCACGCUUUGCCGAUGAGGAGGGCGACGAGGACAUGUCUGCUCCAACGCGCUUCCACUGGCGCCCGGACCUGCGCUUAAGCAGCAGCCGGGCCUGUGCCAGAAUCGCCGAGGAACUGGACCCGAGAGAGCCCACCUUCGCAGACAACUUGCUUCAUGAAUCACUUCGUAGUCUCCUUCAUGAAGAUAGCCCAGUGCAGGAUCUAGACCUUCGAGGCAAUGGCUUGACCCGCGAAGAUGCGAACUUGCUGCUGGACCUCGUGUGCAACCACAGAAAUCUUGUUCGCCUCAACCAGUUGCCGGUCAUGGAGGAUGAAGCAGCUACAUGCAAGGUGUUACAUAUUGAUGGUAUUGGCAUCGUCGAGCCUGCGAAGCAGCAGGCUGGAGAUGAUGAUCCAUACGGCGAUGAGGAUGAAGAGGAUCCUGUCGAUGAGGCAUAUGCAAAGGAGGUGUUCGAGACGAGUUUCGCUCGAAUGGAUGACGGAGAUACCAGGAGCAAGAGCAGCAAUAGGUUCAUGGACAAACAGCGGGGCCAGUCUCGAAGGGGCAUCAUGCGAAUGCGAAUCCAUGCAAGCUCGGUGCCUGUGCUGGUGCAGCUCGCCUUCGUCCCCUUCGCCUGGGCAGCGCAAGUCGUGGAUGGAACGCUCGCGUGGGAUGGCUUGCGAGAUGGCCUGAAAGCAUGGCAAUCAUUCGAAUUUGAUUCGAGCUUCACUUUUGAGGUUGCCAACGGCAGUCAUGUUCUGUUUAGAUAUCCGCUUGGAGAUGUCGGAGAUCUGCGGCCGCUUCAGCCUUCAGAGACAACUGAGAAGUAUGGCAUCGACAUCCGCAUCCAUGGCCAAAAAAGUGAUCUUUUGCGCCAAGUCUCUGUUCCCGCAGUUCUGGCAAUUCUUGACGGGAAGGACCCUGCGAAAGCUGUGGGACCAGGCAGCGUGAGCCGCUCUGAGCUGCUCUCGCGAGGAGGAGGAUUGACGCUGCCAGCUCUCGUCUCCUUGGUCAAGGGCCAUUCUUCGGCAGGUGGGUGGCAGCUACUGCAGGACGGCCUAGAUGCAUGGGCAUCACUGGGCUGGGACAAGGACUUCUCCUUCAAUGUUGGCUCUGCGAAGGGGCCGCUCUACACCUACACCAAAGGUACGACAGGAAUGAACAAGCGCUUGAGAGGCGCCAGUCUCUCCAAGUGGCCAGCCGCUUUGGCGAUUGCCGGCCUCGUAGCUGACGGCACGCUCUCUUUCGACGACAAGGCCAACAAGUACUUGGCUUGGUGGUCCACAGAUUCUGAAGAUCCUAGAAGCAGAAUAACCUUGCGAGACCUCAUGACCUUCCAAUCUGGUUAUACGAAAGAUCCCAAGCUCCUAUGCAGCUUCAAUCCGUGGGCAGACUUUCUUUCGUGCGCAAGGCAUUUAUAUGAGACUGCUAAGUUGACAAGCCCACCAGGAGAAACCUGGGCCUAUAUCUCGAUCCACCUUCAGCUGGCAGCAGCAAUGGCGGUCGCAGCUUCCGGUCUUAGACCUGACAAGCUUUUCCAGAAAUACCUCUACGACCCCUUAGGCAUGAACGGGACCACCUGGACACCUGCAAGGAAUCCGCAGUUUGCGUUUGGCAUCACAACCACGGGUUCAGAUUUUGAGAAGAUGCUGCAGAAGCUUCUCUCGUACGAGUUUCUUGGAAGGGAGGUUCUGUCAGAAAUGGAGAAGGACUGGUCUGCGCCACCCGUGUCUCCAUGCGGCGACGGUUGGUUUGGUCACUAUGGCAUGGGUCAUUGGUUUGAUUGCAUGGGCUAUGGAUCUGGCCAUGAUGAAGGAUCUUCAGCAGCACUCUCAGCAGUUUGCUUGAAGGAAUCAAUUCAAGCUGGACCCGGAGCUUACGGCUACUUUCCACUGAUUGACCGGCAGCGGGGCUUCUACAUGCAGAUCGUACUUGCAGAGGACUCCCGAUGCCGCAGUGAGAUCCCAGAGUACCUGCGCAUAAUUACAAAGCCUGUUGUUGAUGCACUGGUGCUACACGAGCCAAUUUCAAACGAGCGACUUCUACAAAGCAGCGUGGUCAGCAAGCAGCAUGGACUGUCGUUUUUGCGGCGUUCUCUGCCGCGCCUGAUCAGGUCGAUGAUGAAGGACUUUGUGAGCCAUUUGUGCAAUCGCCACGCCUUGCCGACCUACAGUGAUGGCUACUUGUUUCUGCAGCUGGUCACUCCCAACUCCUUCCCAGAGUUACGCGAGGUCACUCUUCGCAGGCUGGAAAUUCCGCACGAUUCCACACUGGCGCACUUAACAGAUGCUCUUCUGAAUCUGCGGUCCGUUGAAGUACUGCGGAUAUCUGACCUAAGACUGUCGAGUCGGGGUGCAAGCUUGCUCUUGCAGGCGGUUGCAGAGCUAGCGCCUCGCCUGGUCAGCUUAAACGGUCUCCCGCUGUCCAGAUUGGUUCAGCUGAAGGAUCAUCCUGAAGGUGGCGCUCCACUUGAGCUCUCCGACAGCAUCGAAUGGAACGACUUUACGCUGGGGGUUAUGGCACGCCUGGCCUUGUGGUCGGUUGUUGCUUUCGCAGGAGGUGCCGGCGGGGCCGGCCUAGCUGAUCUGAAAUUGGAAGGCCACAGUCUCACAGAUGUGGGUCUGAGAGGCCUUUGUGCCAUGCUGAGACACUUUGCUGGCCAGGGUGCAUCGCGCAGCGGUGGCUUGGUCAACCUCACAAAAAUCGAUCUCUCAGGCAACUUGCAGAUCACGGAUGCUACUGUGACUGACUUGUGUCACACGCUCAAGACACCGUACCUGAGUGGGGCACUGCGCGGCGGCCUAUGCGAACUCAAUCUUCGCGGCUGUUUGCGCUUGAAGACUCGGUCAGCUUACGAGCUCCUCAAUUUCAUGCAACACAGUCGUGAGGGUGGUGCGACAGGAAGCAGCCUGCGCAUGGUCAACGGUGUCGACAUGGAAGCGCUUCAGGCCAUACCUCGCAGCGCGGGUGGUGGCGGUAGCCGGCAAACUGCCCCACCGAUGUUGCUUCGCAACUUUCUUGAUGCCAGCUUGCAAGCCUCGGGUGGCAAGGUCACCUCUUUGGCCUCAAUGUCCGAGUGUGACAUACACUUCUUUGCAGGCGUUAUGCAUCACUUCCAGACCAUUCCAUACUGCCAUGUGCACAUUGUCGUGUCACCGUAUCUACUCACCGCAACAUCCGGUUCAUCAGAGUUCUGGGGGAGGCCGGCUCACCAGGCUGGUGCACCCUGCAGUAAUGACAGUCCAUUUCCGCCACCUGUCGAGGGUGGUAAGGUGGCUGCUGUAGCUGCACGACUGCAGGCGCACAUCGACUCUACAUGCAGGCUCUUUGAAGCAUGUCCGAUCUUGGCGGAGCUCCGUGUGUCGAUGGUUCCGUCAGUUCCGGGAUGUGAGGACUUACUCGCUUCAGCGGGUCAUGAUGUGCUCAUCACGCCCGCUGGAAACCCCACCGGAAGUGGACAAUCGGCAAUGGACAGCUUCGGCUUCAUGAAGCAGCGCCUGCAGGACAAAGCUGCGAGACGACGAAAAGCCAAGCAAAAACAAGGCCAGCCAGGCGGCACAGGCCCACCCAAAGCGCUUUAUGUGAAUAACAUCAACCGGCAGCGCCUGCACUGCUGCUACAGGACUCUCUACGGCAAAGACGACGCGGAGCUGACUCACCACGAUGUGAUGCCACCGGAUCAGCUUGCUGCGAUAAGUCUUCCGGGUGAGGUGGACGUGUCAGGUUUCUUUGCAGUUGCGACGUCCGUGGACCUGCAGCAUUUGGACCUCGGACCGGCUCACAUCACCAAGCUCCCUGAGCUGACAGAGUUACCGGCUCUCACUCAUGUAAACCUGAAUUACAAUCAUCUGGGGGAUGCCGGGACCGAGCUUCUGUUCAGAGCGCUCGUGGACACUGGCAGCAGCGUAGAGCAUGUUGCUCUUGUUUCCAACGACAUCGGUGACGAAGGUGCUUCGAUCAUUGCUGCCAGCCUUGGCAAUCUUCCCAGACUCACCAGCAUCGAGCUGUGUGACAACUUCAUACAGGAGCGUGGAAGCAUAGCCAUUGCGGAGGCUAUCGGAGGUGUUGCUCCUCCAGAGGAAGGUGAUGACAUCGAGGCCGUGUCAAACGUGCCAUUGCCGGUGCUUUCCGUGGACUUACGAGGGAACAGGAGCCGCGAACUCGGAGCGCGGCGCUGGGCGGAGGUGGUCUGCAACCAUCCGGACCUGAAGUUCCUCAAUUUGGCACAGAAUGAACUGGGCCUUCUGACAAAAGAGAUCUUUCUUGACCUAGUCUGUGCGGCUGUGACGUCUGCCUCGCUGAGCGUUCUUGAUCUUCAGGAUAACUUUCCUGCUGCCGGCCUUGGCAGCUCCGAAAUGGGCCCACCACCCCCUGAGGUGAGCGAGGUUGCUGACCCCGCGCCCGCCGCGUAUUAG